GAGGAAGAAUCUCGUACUCGCCCGAAAUGGCAAGAACCAAGCAGACCGCCCGUAAAUCCACCGGAGGCAAAGCCCCCAGGAAGCAGCUGGCCACCAAGGCUGCCCGUAAGAGCGCCCCGGCCACCGGCGGAGUCAAGAAGCCUCACCGUUACAGGCCCGGUACCGUGGCUCUCAGAGAGAUCCGCCGCUACCAGAAGUCCACCGAGCUGCUCAUCCGCAAGCUGCCCUUCCAGCGCCUGGUCCGGGAGAUCGCUCAGGACUUCAAGACCGACCUGCGCUUCCAGAGCUCCGCCGUCAUGGCUCUGCAGGAGGCCAGCGAGGCUUACCUGGUCGGCCUCUUCGAGGACACCAACCUGUGCGCCAUCCACGCCAAGAGGGUCACCAUCAUGCCCAAAGACAUCCAGCUGGCCCGCCGCAUCCGCGGGGAGAGGGCUUAAACCCGCCUGACUACACUCCAAACACAACGGCUCUUUUAAGAGCCACACACCUGUUUCAUAAGAGCUCUGUCCUUUCAACAAUAUACAUAAUACUCACCAAAUAUAUAAUUAAUCAAACUCAUUUAUAUGGUUUAUCAAAUAUGGUGAACCUUUACAUGUGGAGCAUAACUGAUCCUGAAUCAGUUCAGGAAAAAAAAGUAUCAAACACAUUUUUCCAGCCAGUUUUGUAAAGUUGUUGAAUAAAAUUAAUUACUGUCUUCAGACCAUAAACAAACUGAGCCUGUGAACACUCGCUCCAGAAGCACAGAGUUACAUUAACCUAUAUGUGGCUUAGAGACAUGUAUAGAUGCAGUAAUAUGAUUACACUAAAUCUGUUAAUAGUUGAAAGACAACCUUCCAACAUUAUCCCAGGCUUGGCAACGUCAUCAUAAAGAUAUCCCCGAAGUUUUUGUUCACAACAUGAAAUAUAUUAUACAAACAAGUGCAGCUACUUCAGAAUUAAUAUUCAUUA